GUACCACUGCAGAACUCAGGCUUAUGCAAAUUAAGCAACAGCUAAUGAAGGCCUGAAGGAAGAUUUCACAUUACGAGUUCAUCUGCGAAGCCGUGAAAUCUGGAGCGCGGUGCACGUUCCCCUCCUUGAGAGAUCGAAAAUUGGCUUGCUGUUUUCAUGCCAAUUUCCAACCCCUCUCGCAACACUGAACCAUACCACCACUCCUCUCUCUCACAAGACCGUUUGCCCCUCUCACAUAAUGUCCGACGACGAAGCCGACCCGGAACUCCUCGCCCUCCUCCGGCAGCACCUGCAGGGCAAGCUGACACUGGCCGACGACCCGGAGACAGGCGUGCUGGAGGGGGCCGAGUACGUCUACGACAACGCGACCGACGUCGCGCUCGACAUGCGCUCGUGCAAGAACGCGGCCGCGGCCAUCUACGAGCAGAUGCAGCGGAAGCAGUACAAGCCCGCCGCCUGGUCCGCCCACGAGCUGCACCCGGACAGGGCCGCGCUCGGCGAGCAGGCCACCGUCGCCUUCAUCUUCACCAUGGACCUGCUCAACUUCUCGUUCUGGUCCGAGCGGUCCGAGGCCGACCGGUUUGCGGUGGAGUACCGCGGCAAGCGCUGGACCGGGUACUGGAGCCUGGUCGCUGCGCUGCGGCGCGCGUUGGAUGAAGGCAUCCCCAUUACGGACUCGCACUUCUGGCAGGACGAGGAGGCGUGCACCCUAGACGCCCUGAAGCAGGUCUUCAGGUCGUGCACAGACGAGGAGAUGCCUCUGCUGGCCGAGCGGCUGGCCUGCCUGCGCGAAGCAGGCCAAGUGCUCUACCAGAAAUACCAAUGCAACCCUGUAAACCUGAUUGAGGCGGCAAACGGCUCCGCGGCCGGCCUGGUGAACCUGCUGGCCCGGGAUUUCAGCUGCUUCAGAGACGAGCAUGUGUUUGAGGGGCGGCGGAAACCGGUCCGCUUCUUGAAACGAGCGCAGAUCCUGGUGGCGGAUCUGUGGGCGUGCUUCGAGGGCGAGGGCUACGGGGAGUUCAGGGAUAUUGACAAGAUCACCAUGUUCGCCGACUACCGCGUGCCGCAGAUCCUGAACAGCAUGGGCUGCCUAAUCUACAGCCCUCCGCUGGAGACGGCCAUUCGGGCGAAGAGGGAGAUUCCCUCCGGAGGAAGCUGGGAACUACAGCUAAGGGCAUGCAGCAUCUGGUGCGUAGAACUAAUACGGAGGGAGAUUGCGAAAGCGCAUCCGGGAACGCACAUAAACGCCAUCCUCAUCGACUUCUUCCUGUACGACACGAUGAAGGAGAUGGAGGCAGCAGGAAAGGAGACCGUCCCACACCACCGGACAAGGAGCAUCUGGUACUGAGCCAGGCCCGCUAUAUAGUCCACAGC